CAAAAAGGGGUUAUUCACAACACAUCCAAAGAAGAUUGGGAGCUCGCAACGAAAAUUAAUGCAGUUGGACCACCAGUGCGAGAUGGCAAUGGCUGGUACAAGGUAUGGAAAGAUCUGAAAUUAAAAGUUAAAAAGAAAAUGAUCCAUAACAAAAAAGAGGCAAGAUCAACCGGCGGAGGAAUUUUCAAUCAAAUGGCAUUGGCUCCACUUGAAGAAACCGUGGCAAAUUUAAUGGGAUUUGAAGAAUUGCUAAAUCCAGCUGGUUACGUAUAUGGUGUUGCGAACGAACCAACAAGUCCCCGCUCUGCGGCUACUACCGCCACAGAUUGCGAUGAGCCCAUUCUCGCAUAUUCACGUGCAACCAACUUAGCAGCAGCCGCUACAAAUGAUGAUGAGGCGAUUGCCGGACCUUCGCGUAUUACAAACGCCGCACAGCCACCUCGUAGGAAAGCGAACCCCAAAGAGGAUAAAAUGAAACUAGUGGAUGUACAAACAACAGCACUGAAACAAAUUAAAAAAAUUCCGGAAAAAAGUGCUCGGUACCAGCGUAGACAAUACCGCCUGGCGGAGGAACAACGGAAGCUGUUAAAAGAACGAGAAGAGGAGACUUUCAAGAUAGAUAUACAAAAAAAAAAAAAAAUAGAAAUACUGCAAAAUCAAUUAGAUAAUUAAAUUUAAAAGUAGCUAGUAAGUUACGCACUGAAGUAUAUUUUUUUAAUUAAAUGAAACCAUUUUACACAUAUAUAGCCACAAAAACAUCAAAUUAAAGCGUUUUUUAUUGAAUUUCGAAUUUGAGUAACUUCAACUGAAUCUUCAUCUGCUAACUCCUCAUGAGCAUUUUGUACCCGCUCUUGCUGUAUAAUGUCCUCGUAGUCGGUUUCCAUGUCAAUGCCAUAAUGAACACAAAUAUUGUGGAGAGCAGCGUUUAUUUUGAAAAUGGCAUACGUCACUGUGUACCUCUUAUGCUUAAAUGACCGGCUACUUGUAACCGAAUGCAUCUGUAAAUCGCCCUAUGAUCAUUAACGACAAUACCUUCUACCUUUAGUUGAUAAAGUUCAACGCAUAACAGACGCGUUCAUUUAAAAGUAACCGGUAAUUUAAGCACACGAGGUGUGUAUACAAAUCUUUAGCACUUUCUAUGAAAACAACUUACUUUAUUUUCCUUUUUGUUAUCACUUUUUUAAAUUACAUUCGGCUUUGGCCUCCCAUUUGUAAGUUAUAAAAAGCAACUUGGGCGGUUGGUCCAGCUGAUGCAGGAGCAUCAGGAUUUGGGGAAAGGGGUUUGUGGAAGGAGUCGAGCAAAACGUAGAUGGGAAGCUAUAGCAGUGGAGCAAACUUUCGUGCAGCUUUCGGCAAACGAUAGUUUUUCACAAACGUGUAAAAUUGGUAGUUUAGGAAUUUUCUUAAACUAUUCAUAAAAUUCACUGGAACUGUUUAGAUACUUGUACAAUGAUUUUGUGUGUUGGAGAGGAGAGGGAGGUUGGGUUGGGACCUAAAAUAAAACUCCACCCGUUAGAAAGAGCACAGUCCAAAAUUUAAGAAAAGUCAUCCGUUUAGAAAAAAUAACCCUCAUCAGUCCAACUCCGGCUACGCUGACCACAGUAUUUUUGGGCUUCUUUCUUAGGUUGGUUCUUUUAUCAGUUGGUGAAUACUUCCAGUGGUCGCCUUUCGCACUCACCUCUUCACGCACUUGGUUCCCGCUCACAGCAAAGACUUAGCUUCAGUUUUAAAUGUACGAAUCUUCUUUGAUCACGACGAGGUCGCCUCGCUGAGGAUCGCGUUAUAGGGUUUUCCACUUGUACCUCUUUUGAAGAUCCUUCAGGUAGUCUUCUUUCCAGCGACGACUAAAUUGGUGGUGAAGUGCUUUGGCCUUCUCCCACCGGUUUAGAAGGGGGAGGCCUUCCGCAUUAGGUUCGGGAAUGGCCAAUAGCGGUGCACCUCGAAUUAAGUGACCCGGAGUAAGUGCUGUCAUAUCAGCUGGGUCUUGGGAAAGUGCGGAUGGAUGCCUCGAGUUGAGGACUGCUUCAGUUCGUACCAAAAGCGUCUUGUAAAUUCUUCGAAAGUAAACUUGUGGGUUGCAGCGGUUUUCUUAAGAUGGAUUUUGAAGCUUUUCACUGCAGAUUCCAACAAACCGCCCAUAUUGCCAAUUGAUGCCUUCAGGGGCAUAUUUUUUGAUAAUGUCCGCAGAACAUUCGUUAAGGAAUUUAACGAAGUCGCGUUCUGUUGCGCGCUGGGCGCCAAUGAACGUUUUUGCAUUGUCGCUCAUCAAUUUUCAGGGGAAUCCUCGUCUGCCAACGAAGCGGGCAAUUGCUGCAAAAUCUACUUCAGUUGUAGAAAAGGGGAGUGAGAAACUGCAGCGUUCAGUGGGUACAGCGGCCAUUAUUUGGGUGCGUGUUUGUUGCUUGUAAAACGUGCACACUUUGCAUAGAAACUGCAUUUUUUAAUUAGAGGUUUUAGCUUUGAAACGUAGUACUCUUGCCUUACCAUUUGGAUCAUUAAUCGGAUUUCUACGUGAAGAACCAGUGAGUGUAAAAACUUCAAAUACAGCUGGCAGAACCUCCAAGGUGGAAACGGCCAUUAACCCGUAGAAGACCGUCUUUGUCCAAGGAAGAUCCUUUUUUGUUAAUGGGAAGAGUACUUUUUUUGUUAAUGGGCUUUUUAUCUUGCAAAACUAUUUUUCCCCACGGAAAAUGGCGUGGUUGUGCUGCAUUGAUAAGACGCGCAGUGAUAUAUGUGAUAUAUUUUGUAAUGCAAGCAAAAUGCUAAUCAAGGACGCAGUACAAAUAUGAAGCUCUUGAAUUCCAUAAAUGAAUCCCUAAUGUCGAGUGCUCAAAUUUUCAUGAAACUUUCACCUUGCUAUGUACCUAAAAUAAAUAUAUUUACAUCAAACAAAUUAUAAAUUUGGGAAAUAAAUUAUUUUUCCUUUGCUUGUUACGAUGCUAUACAGCAACAACAAGGGCCAGGGCUG